AUGGAGGAGGAGGAGUGGGGGGCGGCCAAGGAGUGGGGCACGACCCCCGCGGGGCCCGUCUGGACCGCAGUGUUCGAUUACGAGGCCGCGGGCGACGAGGAGCUGACCCUGCGGAGGGGCGACCGCGUCCAGGUGCUUUCCCAGGACUGUGCCGUGUCGGGCGACGAGGGCUGGUGGACCGGGCAGCUACCCAGCGGUCGUGUGGGCGUCUUCCCCAGCAACUACGUGGCCCUCGGCACCCCCGCCGCCCCCGCCGGCCUCCAGCUGCCCCAGGAGAUUCCCUUCCACGAGCUGCAGCUAGAGGAGAUCAUCGGCGUAGGGGGCUUUGGCAAGGUCUAUCGGGCCCUGUGGCGAGGCGAGGAGGUGGCGGUCAAGGCCGCCCGGCUGGACCCUGAACGGGACCCGGCGGUGACAGCAGAGCAGGUGCGCCAGGAGGCCCGACUCUUCGGAGCCCUGCAGCACCCCAACAUCAUUGCCCUCAGGGGUGCCUGCCUCAGCCCCCCACACCUCUGCCUGGUGAUGGAGUAUGCCAGAGGGGGCGCCCUGAGCAGGGUGCUGGCAGGGCGCCGGGUGCCCCCUCACGUGCUGGUCAACUGGGCUGUGCAGGUGGCGCGGGGCAUGAACUACCUACACAAUGAUGCCCCUGUUCCCAUCAUCCACCGGGACCUCAAGUCCAUCAACAUCCUCAUCCUGGAGGCCAUAGAGAACCACAACCUCGCAGACACGGUGCUCAAGAUCACGGACUUUGGCCUCGCCCGCGAGUGGCACAAGACCACCAAAAUGAGCGCUGCGGGGACGUACGCCUGGAUGGCCCCAGAGGUUAUCCGUCUCUCCCUCUUCUCCAAAAGCAGUGACGUCUGGAGCUUCGGGGUACUCCUCUGGGAGCUGCUGACGGGUGAGGUCCCCUACCGUGAAAUCGACGCCUUGGCAGUGGCAUAUGGCGUGGCUAUGAACAAGCUGACUCUGCCCAUUCCCUCCACAUGCCCCGAGCCCUUUGCCCGCCUACUGGAGGAAUGCUGGGACCCAGACCCCCACGGGCGGCCAGAUUUUGGCAGCAUCUUGAAGCAACUUGAAGUCAUCGAACAGUCAGCCCUGUUCCAGAUGCCGCUGGAGUCUUUUCACUCACUGCAGGAAGACUGGAAGCUAGAGAUUCAGCACAUGUUCGAUGACCUCCGGACCAAGGAGAAGGAGCUCCGGAGCCGCGAGGAGGAGCUGCUGCGGGCGGCGCAGGAGCAGCGCUUCCAGGAGGAGCAGCUGCGGCGGCGCGAGCAAGAGCUGGCCGAGCGCGAGAUGGACAUCGUGGAGCGGGAGCUGCACCUGCUCAUGUGCCAGCUGAGCCAGGAGAAGCCCCGGGUCCGCAAACGCAAGGGCAACUUCAAGCGCAGCCGCCUGCUCAAGCUGCGGGAAGGCGGCAGCCACAUCAGCCUGCCCUCCGGCUUUGAACAUAAGAUCACAGUCCAGGCCUCUCCAACCCUGGACAAGCGGAAAGGAUCAGAUGGGGCCAGCCCACCCGCAAGCCCCAGCAUCAUUCCCCGGCUGAGGGCCAUUCGCUUGACCCCCGUGGAUGGUGGUGGCUGUAGCACCAGUGGCAGCAGCAGUGGUGGCAGUGGGACGUGGGGCCGCAGCAGCGGACCCCCAAAGAAAGAAGAACUGGUCGGGGGCAAGAAGAAGGGCCGGACCUGGGGGCCCAGCUCCACACUGCAGAAGGAACGCUCUGGCGGAGAGGAGAGGCUGAAGGCCCUGGGAGAAGGAAGCAAACAGUGGUCAUCAAGUGCACCCAACCUGGGCAAAUCCCCCAAACACACACCCAUCGCCCCAGGCUUUGCCAGCCUCAAUGAAAUGGAGGAGUUCGCGGAGGCGGACGGAGGCAACAGCGUGCCCCCGUCCCCCUACACCACCCCGUCCUACCUCACGGUGCCGCUGCCCACCCAGCCCUCCCCGGGGGCGCGGGCGCCAUGGGAGCCGAGUCCGCCGCCCGCCCGGCCCGGGCACGGCUCCCGGCGGCGUUGCGAGCUCGCGCUGCUGGGCUGCGCCACGCUGCUGGGCGCCGUGGGCCUGGGUGCAGACGUGGCCGAGGCGCGCGCAGCGGAUGGCGAGGAACAGCGGCGCUGGCUCGACGGCCUCUUCUUCCCCCGCGGCGGCCGCUUCCCGCGGGGCCUCAGCCCGACCGGGCGCUCCCCCGGCCGCCGCGACGACGCGGCCCCCGGCCCGGGGCUGGCGCCCUCCGCCACCCUCGUGUCACUGUCGUCGGUGUCCGACUGCAACUCCACGCGUUCGCUGCUGCGCUCCGACAGCGACGAGGCUGCGCCGGCCGCGCCCUCCCCGCCACCCUCCCCACCCGCGCCCCCACCCAGCACCAACCCCCUGGUGGACCUGGAGCUGGAGAGUUUCAAGAAGGACCCCCGGCAGUCGCUCACGCCCACCCACGUCACGGCCGCGCGCGCUGUGAGCCGCGGGCACCGGCGGACGCCAUCGGAUGGGGCGCUGGGGCAGCGGGGGGCGCCAGAGCCCACGGGCCCCGGCCCUGGCCCUCGAGAUGCCCUGGACUUCCCCCGCCUGCCCGACCCCCAGGCCCUGUUCCCCACCCGUCGUCGGCCCCCCGAGUUCCCAGGCCGCCCCACCACCCUGACCUUCGCCCCAAGGCCCCGGCCAGCCGCCAGCCGUCCCCGCCUGGACCCCUGGAAAUUGGUCUCCUUCGGCCAGACGCUCAGCAUCUCGCCUCCCAGCAGGCCAGACACUCCAGAGAGCCCGGGGCCCCCCAGCAUGCAGCCCACGCUGCUCGACAUGGACAUGGAGGGGCAGAGCCAGGACAGCACAGUGCCCCUGUGCGGGGCCAACGGCUCCCGCUGA